AUGACUGCAGCCAAGUACAGCAGCGAGGAGCUCGACUUCAGACUGACUUUCGGGGAGGACACACAGCCUACGGCCUUAGGCCACACUGAUGUCAGAGUGGACAAUGGUGGGUCCUGCUACUUCUACAGUGCACUUCAGGAACAGUCUCUUUACCAGCAGCAUCCAGAGCUGCAGUAUGACCCUGUCACCCAGCCAUCCCAAACCCCUUUAACUGGCAGCUAUGCUGCUCCAUGCUCCAAUGCUGUGGAUUCUCCAAGCCGUGUGUUUGAUUGCCCCAGUAUCCAGAUCACCUCCAUCCCAGCCACUUGCCAACAGGAACUCGUUGCCCAGCAACAAGGGGUUGAGUCGGAGCAUGACGGAGCUUCUGGUCCACUAGUAUCUCGUGACCAGCUGUACUUGCCUCUGGAUGGGUCCUACAGGGACACCUCGGGGCUUUGUCCAAGCCCCUGCAGCAGCUUGUCAUCUCGCAGCUGGCUCUCAGAUGCCUCCUCAUGUGAGUCUUUCUCCCAUAUUUACGAUGACGUGGAGGCAGAGCUGAAUGAAGCAACAGCACAGUGCCAGUUUGCUUCACCACAGUUAUCACCGUUGGGCUCCCCCCUGCCCUCUCCUCUUGCUUCCCCUCAGGCGUCUCCGCAAGUGUCUCCUUUGGUGUCGCCAUUUGGUUCACCAAGCUGCACAUUCACUGAAGAUUCUUGGUUUCGUUACCAGCAACAGCAGCAGCGCCACUACUUUCAUUCACUGUCUCCUCAUCAUUCACCCUAUCAGUCACCUCGAGCCAGUGUUACCGAGGACACCUGGCUCAGUGCCCGGCCACACUCGUCCUCGAGGCCAUCCUCUCGACCCACUUCGCCGUAUGGAAAACGCCCAUAUUCUGAUGGCAUGCCAGGCUCAUCCUCACCUCAUUUCUCUCCCUCACCGAGUCCGUCUCACUCUCCACGAGGCAGUGUCACCGAUGAUAGCUGGCUGGGAAGCCCCGCUGCGAUGGCUCCCCCCUUUCAAGCUUUCGCAGCUGACAUUGACAUCCCAUCUAAAACCAGGAGGACCUACCAGGCCAAUCACCUUCAGGAUCGUACAACCCUGCUGCCAGGACAUGUCGAUCCAGGGCUGGAGGAGAUAGGUCCUGCAACUGCAUCACUGGAUUCUACUGCAGAAGUGUCACUGCCAACAAUGAAAAAAGAAGAUAUAGUGGAACAUUUCUUGUCUGUUCCUACACCCUUCCCAUGGGGAAAACCCAAGCAAACACACACUCCUUUGUUCAGGUCCACUUCAUUACCCAGCCUGGACAGUUUUCUGCCCAGUCAGCAUGGGCAGUAUGAGCUAAAGUUGGAAAUUCAACCCAAAUCUCACCACAGGGCCCACUAUGAGACAGAAGGCAGUCGCGGGGCAAUUAAGUCAGCUUGUGGAAGACACCCUAUCGUAAAGCUUGUGGGUUACAAUGAGAAACCACUCAACCUACAGAUGUUCAUCGGGACGGCAGAUGAUCGUCACGUGAAACCUCAUGCUUUUUAUCAGGUUCACAGGAUUACAGGCAAAACAGUGGCCACUCCGAGCCAGGAGAUAGUGAUCACCAGUACCAAAGUUCUAGAGAUUCCUCUUCUCCCAGAAAACAACAUGUCUGCCAGCAUUGACUGUGCUGGGAUCAUGAAGCUUCGAAAUUCUGACAUCGAGUUGAGGAAGGGAGAGACUGACAUUGGGCGGAAGAACACACGCGUACGAGCUGUGUUUCGUGUGCACAUUCCACAGACCAACGGAAAAGUUUUGUCACUGCAAGUGGCCUCCAUCCCUAUUGAAUGCUCCCAGCGCUCAGCUCAAGAGCUUCCUCAGAUAGAACAUUUCAGCCCUAACUGUGGCUUUGUUUGUGGAGGCCAAGAACUGGCAAUCACAGGUCCAAAUAUCACCCCAGAGUCAAAGGUCUUCUUUCUGGAAAAGGGCCACGAUUGGAGAACUCAGUGGGAGGUGGAUGCACAAACUAUUCGUGAAAAAAGUACAGAUAUGACCAUUGUGGUAAAGAUCCCUCCGUAUUAUAAAGGGAUCCUAGGGUCCUCCACCCAGGUACAAUUUUAUGUAAGCAAUGGUAAAAGGAAGAGGAGCCUUUUACAACGCUUCACUUAUAUUCCAGAAGUGCAGGUAAAGCAGGAAUAUGACAGUGUUGGAGAUGCUGCAACCUAUGACCCUACAGACUUUCUUGAAAGUGCCCAGCUUCCCUCUGACCAGCACAACCCUCUGGAGCAGUGGCUCUACUCUGCUGGCCCGGUUUGUGUUCCAUCUUCCACUCAGCUUUCCUGCACUCCACUGGACUCCUCCCAUCUUAACCGCCAUUAUCCUGCAGAUGCUAUAGCUGGCCUUCACCCAGGAUUGCAGCCAGCAUCACUGGAUUUCUCAAAGCUAUCAUAUCAAGGACCUCAUCAAAGCCUGUCAUACAAUGGAGAGCCCAAUCUUCCCUAUGACAAUGCCCCACUGGAUGGAGGCAAAUUAUCACCACUUAUGUCUGAAAAUGCAACAUCACUUCUGGAAACUGGGUAUAACAACUCCCCUGGAGAUGUUCAUAAUCUGAGGAUAAAUAAGGGCUACCUCAGCCAUGCCUCAGCUUCAGGUCAGCCUGACUUAUGUAGCCCCAGUCAUCACAGAUCAGAGCCUGAUCCUGCAAGUCAUCCUAGGUCCUCUUUCUCUGUAAAUGCUUUAGCUUCAACUGCAGAAUCUUCUACCUCAACUUUAAACAGAGAGGUACCUGUAGACCCAAAACCUAAUGCAUCGUCCUGCCUCCAGCAGCCCAAGCCUUCCCAAGAUCACAGCAUACAUGUACAGAGAGUUAGCGUUAAACAGGAACAAAAGAAGGAAAAGGAGGUCAGCUUCCAGUCCAUUGGGCUACAGGAUAUCACUCUUGAUGACGUAAGUGAGAUCAUAGUAAGAGACUUGUUCCAGAGUCCGGAUUCUGCAGUGGAUUCUCACAGCUUAACGUAGCAGCACCACAAAGAAUCAGGUUCUCAGACAGGAUUAAACCAUUGUAGAUGGAGGACAGAUCUACAAUCAUUUCUACAAAACAAAACAUUUCUAUGUAACAUGGUAUGUGUUUUUCACAUUAAUCUUAACCAGAUUCAUUUAUGAGAGGCACUGUAUAAACUGAUUGGUGUAGCUAUGUUGGACAAUAGGCUGACCAAGCAAAUGUGAAUAUUCCAGCUGAAACCCUUUUUAUAUAAUUGCUAAAUGUGCCUUUUGCUAAGGUGCCUUAAUAUAAGAUUCAAUUUUACUCUUUGCUAAAUGUUGACUGUGAAGUGUGUGAAAUAUCUAUGCAAUAUGGAUUGUAAUUAAGAAUUUCUUGAAUAUUUGCAUAGGACAACAAAGACUGUUACACUGUCACUAGUUGUGUAUCAAAUCUUUGUAUUUUUUGUGUGUAAGAAUGAUUGAGAUUUGCAGAUAUUGCAAAAAUUAAUUUGUAAAGCUUUUAGAUGAAGUUUGUUACCUUUAGACAGUUGUUACCUUUACCAGUUUCUCAGAUUUCAGAUUUGUAUUUAUAAAUUUUUAAUAAAAAUAU